AUGCCUACCAAGAAGCCGUGUACCAGGAAGUCGGUUUUGAAACUCCUCAUUACCAAGUUGAAGGAGAUUGAGUUGGUCUUGAACGAUAUCUGGCGUUUCACGGAGAAAAUACAGGAAAUAACGACUACUACUCAGAUCAAUCUACGAUUGGAGAAAAUCUACGAACUGUGGGAGAAGUAUGGUGCUACUCUCGUCGACCUUAAAUCGCAAUAUGACUUCGACGAUGAAAACGACGAAUUCGAGAUACAAAGACAGGAGUUUAGCGACCGUUACUAUCAAGCAAAAUCCAUAUUAAUAGAUCAGGCUAGGGAGAGGCAGGGACCUACAUCGUUGAGCCAAUCCAUCCUUGGUGCUGAACCAUCAGUAACAGCUACGCUUGAUCACGUUCGUCUUCCGCAGAUUAAGCUGCAAUCUUUCAACGGGGAGAUAGACGAGUGGUUGAGUUUCCGGGACUUAUUCACUUCCUUGAUCCACUGGAAGACGGAUCUUUCAGAGGUAGAAAAGUUCCACUACUUGAAGGGAUGUCUGCAAGGGGAACCGAAGACGUUGCUCGAGUCGUCGCCAUCUGUGUCUGGUGAACUGAAGCGGCCUGUCGAGAAGAUUUGUUUAUUGCCAGUCGUAGAUUCGACCAACUAUUAA